CACUUAUCUGUACCGAAAAACCAUCCCUCACCCGGUCACCCCCACAGCCCUAACCGCCGCCACCAACAAUUCCUUACCUCUCUCACUCUCCGGUCUCAAAUCUACUCAUCGCCGGCGGCCGCGGCCGGCCACGCGCCUACGCGCGAGAAGCUGGAACAAGCCGCCGGAUCCGGGCCGCCGGCAUCGAAGCCACCGCGCUGCUCGAACUGCGCCGCUGCUGAGACUCCGAAUCAUUGAGCUGGGGCCCCUUCUUCUCCUUCCACGCCAACGAAGCUCCAUCGCCUAGGAGCGAGACCACGGAGGUGCAGCCGCUUGCGGGAGAUCGGCAAUUGCCGCUGCAGACUCGACGCCCCACUCGGACAGGAUAAUGUCUCAUCGUGAACACCUAGAUGGACUGAGUGCCCAAGCUCCAGGUCUGAUGCGCCAUGGUUCCUUCGCUGCAGCCAGCUUCUCUAGCCGCUCACCUUUGGACUCUUCGGCCACACUGGAGAUGCUGGAGAGCAAGCUAGCCAUGCAGACUGCAGAGGUAGAAAAGCUUAUCAGGGAGAAUCAGCGGUUAGCAAAAAGCCAUGUGGUCUUGAGACAGGACAUAGUUGAUACUGAGAAAGAGAUGCAAAUGAUUCGCGCCCACCUAGGUGAAGUUCAGGCAGAGACUGAUUUGCAAAUUAGAGAUUUGUGGGAGAGAAUCAGAUUAAUGGAUGCAGACAUACAUAGUGGUGAUGCAGUGAAGAAGGAGCUUCACCAAGUGCAUAUGGAGGCAAAGAGACUUAUUACUGAAAGGCAAAUGCUAACCCUUGAGAUAGAGAAUAUGACCAAAGAACGACAGAAACUCUCUGCAUCUGGUGACAAUAAAAGCCUUCCUGAGUUGCUUGCUGAGCUAGAUGGGCUACGGAAAGAGCAUCAUAGUCUACGAUCUCAAUUUGAAUUUGAGAAAAAUACAAACAUCAAGCAAGUUGAGCAGAUGCAGACAAUGGAAAUGAACCUGAUAACCAUGACUAAACAGGCUGAGAAGCUACGUGCUGAUGUGGCCAAUACCGAAAGGCGGGCACAGGCAGCACAGGCAGCAGCUGCGGCUCAGGCGUCUGGUGCACAGGUGACACUGUCACAGCCUGGGACUGCACAAGCUACAGCUGUGUCAGCGGCCACAAACCCAUAUGCAAGUGCAUAUGCCAAUUACCCCUCCACAUAUCAGCCUGGAACCCAGGCUGCGGCAUAUCAGCAGGGAACCCAGGCUGGGGCAUACACAUACACGACAGCUUAUGAUGCUGCUUCUGCUUAUCAGAUGCAUGCUGCACAAGCUAACGCAUAUGCAGGUUAUUCUGGCUAUCCAGUUCCAGGUUAUGCGCAAAGUGCCGUGCCUAGUUAUCCUGCUGGCUACACUGUGCCUCCGAACCCAGUAAGCAGCUGUGCAGCUACGGAUGUUGCAAGCUUGUAUGGUGCAGUUGGUAGCGCUGGAUAUCCUGCUGGGCAAGUUCAGUCGAGCAGUGGCACUGCAAAUGCAGGGCAAGCACCACCACCACCAUCAGCGCCUUAUCCUGGCGCAUAUGACCCAACCAGAGGAGCCCAGAGAUCCGCUCACAGAUAGCUUUGUUGACAUCAUCGACGAGAUGAUGCAUGCCUCAACUGUCGAUACUUGAAUUGAUUGGUGUAACUAUUGGUGAAGGAUGGCUCGAUCAGCAAUGUGGGCAUGGCAUUGCUAAAGAUCACACAAAGAAAAAAAAAACAUUGUGGCGUUGUCA